CCUUCUCUCUUAUACUGGGAGGACAGCAGGAUGGAGGACAGGGUGUGGACUUUGUGCCUUCUUGUCAUUUUGACUGGGGGAUGGACGGAGGCUCAGAGUCAGACCAACUUUACCAGGCCUACCUUCCACUGUGGAGGCCACCUGGUCAUAGACUCGGGGAUCGUGGCCAGUGAAGGCUUCCCCAGUCACUACAAACCCAACAGUAAAUGCACCUGGUACAUCACUGUCCCAGAGGGUCAUGUGGUCAUGCUGUCUUUCCGCCUCUUCGACAUGGAGGCCGACCCCACCUGUCGGUACGACUACCUGGACGUCUACAACGGUCACACCCGAUUGGUGCAGAAGCUGGGCCGCUUCUGUGGGACGUUCAGGCCCGGCGCCCUCAUCUCAACCUCCAACACCAUGAUGUUAGACAUGGUGUCGGACGACGCCACCGGCGGAAGAGGCUUUCUGGCUUCUUUCGCCGCAGGGAAGCCACAUGUGGAAGAGAAUCAGUUCUGCGGAGGACGGCUGACCAAAGCACAGGGCUCUGUCAAAACGCCCAACUGGCCAAACUCUGAUUACCCAGCAGGCAUCAGCUGCUCCUGGCACAUCUCUGUAGAACCGAGCAACGUGAUCGAGGUGAAGUUUCAGAAGCUGGACUUGGAGCCCGACACGUACUGUCGCUACGACUAUGUGGCGUUGUUUAACGGAGGAGAGAGGGACAACUCAAGAAGAAUUGGGAAAUUCUGUGGAGACAGGCCACCGGAAACUAUAGUGACCAAUGGGAAUGAGCUCCUUGUCCAGUUCGUCUCUGACCUCAGCAUUACCUCAGAUGGCUUCAUGGCCUUCUACUCCAGUGUGCCCCGCGGGUCCCGAACACCCACUGCUGGGGGAGACUUUAUUUACAGUCCUCAGUCGACGUCCAUGCCACAAAAAGUGCCCGUGAGGCCCAGGAAACCCAUUAAACCAACCCCCAAACCUAGACCCGGUCUCCAGCCUAAACCCACCAAAAAAACGCUGGUGAAGAAACCUCCUCCACGCAAACCUAUUGCCAAGCCCGCAGUCAAGCCCACAGCUAAACCCAAACCAGCUAAACCUACACCUAAGGUGCCUGUGAAAAAGCCUGCACCUAAACCCAGAGUUAAACCCACACCCAAACCUAAGAUUAUCAAGCCGGUGCUCAAACCAAACAUCAAGGCUAAACCCACGCGUAAACCAACACUGAGGACGAAGCCCACCUUAAAACCUGCUGUCAAACGAGUAAAGCCAACCCCUAAGAGCGGAGUUAAACCAAUCGUCAAACCUAAAGCGACACCUAAACCGGGACAAAGCAAGACAGUGACGAAGAAGCCUGUCGUGAGCAAGAAACCUUUACCACUGAACCCACUGUGUACACAAGCCUGUAAGAGGACAGGAACCCUCCAGUCCAGCUUCUGCCCUCAUGACUUUGUGAUUACGGGUAAGAUUACAUCUCUGACGGCUGGUCCGAGGGGCUCAGCAACUGUUGAGGUGUCCCUCAUCAAGGCCUAUAAGACAGGACGCCUCAACAUCAAUAAAUCAGGACCGGGAAUGUCAGUCAUGCUGACCUCCACCUGCAAGAAAUGCCCUGGUCUAAGCAAAGGCCUGAACUAUGUGCUGAUGGGAAAAGUCGACACACAGGGCAACGGCCAUCUCAGCCCCUCCAGCUUCACUCUCCUCUAUAAGCCAAUCCACGCCAAAGCACUGGCCAACCUCUCUGGAAAAUCCUGCUGACACCACAGCUGAACUCACCAGUCACAUGAACAGCCGCAGCUGUCUCUCUAAAAACAUGUAACUUGACUGAAAAGACUGAAAAUAUUAUUAGAAAUAUCCAAAGAUAAUUUUUAUAUAAUACACAUAAAAUUAAGUAUUAUAUUUUGUAUUUUGUAUGUAAAUUAUAAUAUUUCUGUGUUAAAAGAUCAUCAGUCAAUCAUCAUCAUCAAUAAACCAUGUGAUACUGGUGCUUGGAGGGAUUUCAAUGUCUACCAUCUAUUAUCUUUUUAUGGUAAAAUAUAUGAUCUGCUCUAAGGAAAAUAUAUAUCCGACACACAUGAAAACACAGAUGAAUAUUCUUAUGUUUAUGGUUUUUACAUCCACCAACCACCCUGAUUGUGAUCUGCUGUCUAGGUUUGUUGUUAGUUCAACCAUCAUUCAUUCAACUUUAUUCAUCCCUGCAAGGGUCUUCGUGCAUCAUCAUCAUCAUCAUCAUCAUCAUCAUGCUCUUGCUGCCCACAACAGCACCAGGAGAUAACCAUCACACAUACCAGGAUGUACAGUAUGUCAAGUUGUUGGUCCAGAAGGCAAACAUGUAGAGCGUCUUGUUGCAGUAGGAGCUAAUUUGUGUUGUGUCCUUGUUGUAGUUGGGCUCAUAAAUAGAGUAGAUACACACAUUACCUGAAAAAAAAAGAAUAUAUUAUAUUCCAACUUUACAUGACACAUUUAAUGUUCUAAUCUUUUGUUAUGGUGCAAAAGAAAGUGAAAGAGAAAACACUGUAACGGGAUAACAUUUAGUGUGAUGAGAAAAAUAACUCCCCUGGAACAGAGACAGGAUUGUUGUCUUCUGUGAACUUUAUGACGCACUGUGCACAUUAGAACCUUUGUUUGUUAGUGUUUUUGUUUUAAUUAAUCCCACAAAGGAAUGCUGUAAUAUCAAUUUGUUAAACAAUAAAAAUUAUCCUCUCUACUCAUCCCCCCAAAAAAGUCAGAUGCUU